CAGAGCCUUGUGGGCCGCGGUGUUGGGGAGGCGGUGGCCGUCCAGGAGCCGGCGGGAGGCAUAGCUCCUUGGCCGGCCGUGUGACGUCCGCUCAGGGCCGGGUCGGGGGAAGGAGCGGGAGCCCCCCCCACCUCAUCAGGCGGGGGCGGGGGUGGCGCUUGUCGCGUGUCGGACCGGGGCCAGUGGGGCGGGAGGCGGGAGGCGGGUGGUAGUGGAAGGAGUGAGAGGUGCAGGGGUCCGGGAGUUGGCGGCGGCAGGACCCAUCAAGACUUAGACCUGGCAGCGCUUCCGGGGAGGAGGACUUGGGGGGCACAGGAGGGCGUGGGCGCGUCUGGUAUGGGAUGCCAUGGAGAGGAGGGGGCCCUCCUAAGUAGAUCUGUGGGUGGUUCCUUUGUCGAUUCCUCUUCUACCAUUUUAACCUUUGAAUUGCCGAAGAGAGAGUCCCCAUGGUCUCUGCUCAAAUUCUGCAAACUUUUUCUUUGGGUGGGCUUAAUCACCCACUACUUCAUUAUAGAGCUGCCCACCGCCUUUUGUGAUACUGGGCACAAACGUGGGGAAUAUGUCAGAAAAGAGGAAGCCGCUGCUGGGCUUCGUGGGCAAACUCCCCAGUGGGACAGCGCUUGGGAACUCAGGCAAGACUCACUGCCCUUUGUGCAUGGGGCUUUUCAAAGCCCCCAGGCUCUUGCCUUGUUUGCACACAGUUUGUACCACGUGUCUGGAGCAGCUGGAACCCUUCUCAAUAGUGGACAUCAGAGGGGGAGACUCUGACACAAGCUCUGAGGGGUCAAUAUUCCAGGAACUCAAGCCUCCCAGUCUGCAGCUGCAGAUCGGCAUCCUCUGUCCCGUAUGUGAUGCUCAGGUGGACCUGCCCAUGGGUGGAGUGAAGGCUUUAACCAUAGACCACCUGGCCAUGAAUGAUGUGAUGCUGGAGAGUCUUCAAGGGGAAGGCCAGGGCCUGGUGUGUGACCUGUGCAGCAACAGAGAAGUGGAGAAGAGAUGUCAGACCUGCAAAGCCAAUCUCUGUCACUUCUGCUGCCAGGCGCAUAGGUUCCACAGCUGGCGGCAGAAGAAGACAACUUACCAUACGAUGGUGGACCGAAAAGACUUAAAAGGCUGCAGCAGGAUCGGGAAGCCCGUUUUGUGUCCUGUGCACCCUGCAGAGGACCUGAGGCUGUUCUGUGAGCUCUGCGACCAGCCCGUGUGCCAGGACUGCGUGGUGGGGGCGCACCGGGAGCACCCCUGUGACUUCACGAGCAAUGUUAUCCACAAGCAUGGGGACUCAGUGCGGGAGCUCCUCAGAGGCACCCAGCCCCACGUGGAGGCGUUGGAGGAAGCCCUCGCACAGAUCAAAGGGAUGAAGAGCGCCCUCCAGGCGCAGGUGGGGGCUGUGGCCGCUGACGUGCGAACAUUCUCUGAGGGCUACAUCAAGGCCAUUGAGGAGCACCGGGACAAGCUGCUGAAGCAGCUGGAAGACAUACGGGUCCAGAAGGAAAACUCCCUACAGCUACAGAAGGCCCAGCUAGAGCAGCUGCUAGCUGACAUGCGGACUGGUGUGGAGUUCACAGAGCACCUGCUGACCAGUGGCUCAGACUUGGAGAUCCUCAUCACCAAGGGGGUGGUAGUAGAACGGCUCACAAAGCUGAACAAAGUCGAAUGUAGUAUCCAUCCUGGAGUAAACGAUAAGAUAUGCUUCUCUCCUCAGCAGAAAGCAGGCCGGUGCCGUGGCUAUGAAGUUUAUGGGGCCAUCAGUACCAAAGAGGUCGAUCCAGCCAAAUGUGUCCUUCAAGGAGAAGAUCUCCACCGGGCCCAGGAGAAACAGACAGCCUCUUUCACCCUGCUGUGUAAGGAUGCGGCAGGAGAGAGCAUGGGCCGGGGAGGAGACGGCGUGCAAGUCGCGGUCAUCCCUAAAGAUAAGAAAGACAGUCCGGUCAGAGCGCUGGUGCACGAUAACCAGGAUGGGACAUACCGCGUCUCCUACACCCCCAAGGAGCCUGGUGUCUAUACCGUGUUGGUCUGCAUCAAAGAGCAGCACGUGCAGGGCUCGCCAUUCACCGUGACCGUGAGGAAGAGGCAUCGGCCACACCCGGGCGUGUUUCAGGGCUGCACGUUCUGCUCCAGCGGAGGCCAGAAGACUGCUCACUGUGGAGGCACCAUGCCAGGGGGGUACCUAGGCUGCGGCCAUGGACACAAAGGCCACCUGGGUCGCCCGCACUGGUCCUGCUGUGGGAAGUUUGCCGAGAAGUCAGAAUGCACGUGGACAGGUGGGCAGAACGCACCAAGGAGUCUACUCAGAACCGUGGCACUCUGAUGCCUUCCUGGGUACGUGCCCAGCCCGUUUAGCUGCAGCCAGUACAACUUCCAAUUACCAGAGGACCCCAGACCUUGAUUAAUUCUGAAGAAACAGAUAGAAUUAAAAACGAAGUGCCUUAUCUUAUACUCUCAAUUUCCAGUCUUUUCUUGUGAGUCACUCACUGAUGGUAUGUACGGACGGUUGAGCACCAGACACCACGUUUCUCUUCAUGAUGGUUGGCAGGGUUCAUUCUACACUGAGGCUCCCUUCUCUUGUGCAGGAACAGAGCGAUCUACGCUGUUGGAACUUAGGGAUCAUGGGGGG